UGUGCGCCAGCGUAUAAAAGCGAGGGGCGCACUCCGAGCCACACACACUCUGAGUGAGGCUCGGCACAGGCAUCGCACACACAGUAAUCAUGUCCAGCGGAGAUAAAUCCAAGACUUCCUCCCAGACUGACGGAAAGGCUGCCCAGAGCAAGAAGUCUGAGAUGGGAAUGAUGUCCUACAAGAUGUACGUGUUCGACCAGGAGAACUUCCAGGGUCGCAUGAUCGAAAUCAGCAAUGAGUGCAUGAAUGUGUGUGAGAUGGGCAUGGACCGCGUGCGCUCCCUGCGUGUUGAAUGUGGACCCUUCGUGGGCUUCGAGCAGAUGAACUUCUGCGGUGAGAUGUACAUCCUGGAGAAGGGAGAGUAUCCCCGCUGGGACUCCUGGAGCAACUGCCAGAAGAACGAUUACCUGCUGUCCUUCAGGCCCGUCAGAAUGGACCCCGAGAAGCACAAGAUCUGCCUGUAUGAGGUUGGAGAGUUCAAGGGCCGCAAGAUGGAGAUCAUGGACGAUGACGUCCCCAGCCUGUUCUCCUAUGGCUUCACCGACAGAGUGGGCAGCAUCAUUGUCAGCUGUGGAACCUUUGUGGGAUACCAGUUCCCUGGAUACCGUGGCAGCCAGUACCUGCUGGAGAAGGGCGAAUACAGGCACUUCAACGAAUAUGGCGCCCGCCAUCCUCAGUUCCAGUCUGUGAGGCGUAUCCGUGACAUGCAGUGGCACCAACAGGGCUGCUACACCAUGGCCAGCAAGUGAGGCUCAGGGAAGGAGAG